UGGUACCUUAAGGUACUUUUUAAGGAUGAUAAAAAAGCCCAUGAUAAAAAAUAUGGCAUAAAAAAUCUCAAUAGCCAUUCACUGAAUAGUCCGGUCCACAGUCAUUGUCCACGUUAAUUUCCUACAGAAUAGCUAAUCGUUGAAUAGUCCGAUCCACAGUCAUCUCAGAGCACCAUGUAUACCCACACCAUCCCUGCUGCGAGUGACCAAGCACUCUCAGGUAGGCAAGUGGAGUGCCCAACAAAAACACAACCCAAAACUUGUUAUUGCCUCUCUCUCACAUCCUCACCCCAAACUCCCUAAAUUAACACCAAGGCUGAGAUGGCCGGAGGAGACGAGCUGAAGCUGCUGGGCACAUGGCCAAGUCCGUUCGUCGCCAGAGUGGAGAUCGCGCUCCGGCUCAAGGGCCUGAGCUACGAGUACGUCGAGCAGGAUCUCACCAACAAGAGCGAGCUGCUGCUCAGCUCCAACCCGGUGCACAAGAAGGUCCCCGUGCUCAUCCACAACGGCAAGGCCAUCUCCGAGUCGCCGGUCAUCUUGCAGUACGUUGACGAGGCCUUCGGCGGCGCCUCCCUGCUCUCCGCCGACCCCUACGAGCGCGCCGUCGCUCGCUUCUGGGCCGCCUACAUCGACGACGAGCUCAUCACGGCAUGGGUGCCGACAAUCUUGUGCAAGACAGAGGAGGAGAAAGCGGAGGCGAUAAAGAAGACGCUUGCAGCCAUGGAGAGACUCGAAGGAGCCCUGAAGGAUAGCUCCAAGGGGAAACCCUUCUUUGGCGGCGAGACCGUCGGGCUCGUCGAUGUCGUGUUGGGUGGCCUAAACUCAUGGAUGAAAGCGACUGAGGAGCUCAUCGGCGUCAAGAUCUUCGACCCCGCCAAGACCCCGCUCCUGGCUGCGUGGGUGGAGCACUUUGACGAGCUCGACGCUGUCAGGGAUGUGUCGCCGGAUGUUGAUGGGGUGAUCAAGUAUGCCAAGAUGAGGCAGCUAGAGGCUGCAGCAGGAGCUUCGGAAAACUGCAUCACGGAUGAUGCAUCGGGGCGCCUCCGAUCCCAAUUUCCCAUGUCGAGCACCAUAUAUAUACCGUACGCAGCGCCACCCUUCUCCGAUCAAGCACCCAACUACGUACGCAGCAAAACACACGAUCGAUCCGAAUCAUCUUCGUCGCCGUCGAUCCCUGCCCCCCCCCCCCCCCCCCCUCCACCCCCCCACUCUGUUUCUCACUCUCCCUCGCGCGCCCGCCCGCCGAGGAGUAAGGAGAUGGCCGGAGGAGACGAGCUAGUGCUGCUCGGCACGUGGCCGAGCCCAUUCGUCACCAGGGUGGAGCUCGCCCUCGGCCUCAAGGGCCUGAGCUACGAGUACGUCAGCCAGGACCUCCGCAACAAGAGCGAGCUGCUGCUCAGCGCCAACCCGGUGCACAAGAAGAUCCCCGUGCUCAUCCACAACGGCAGGCCGGUCUGCGAGUCGUCGGUCAUCGUGCAGUACAUCGAGGAGGCCUUCCCCGGCGACGGCGCCGCCCUGCUCCCCGCCGACCCCCACGACCGCGCCGUCGCUCGCUUCUGGGCCGCCUACGUCGACGACAAGUUCGUCACGGCGUGGGUACCGACGUUCAGGGGCAAGACGGAGGAGGAGAAGGCGGAGGGGAUGAAGCAACUGAUGGCGGCGGUGGAGACGCUGGAGGGAGCCCUGAACGAUAUCUCCAAGGGGAAGCCCUUCUUCGGCGGCGACACCGUCGACGUCGUCGACGUCGCGCUCGGCGGCAUGAUCUCGUGGGUGAAAGCGACUGAGGUGCUCGCCGGCUCCAAGAUCUUCGACGCCGAGAAGACCCCGCUCUUGGCCGCGUGGGUGGAGCGCUUCGCCGAGCUCGACGCCGCCAAGAAGGUGCUGCCGGACGUCGACGGGGUGGUCGAGUUCGCCAAGAAAAGGAUCGCUGAGGCUGCCGCUGCAGCUUCAGCAAACUAAGUCGAACGCUCGGCCAUGUAAAUAAUUAACUCCCAUUGUUUGGGAGAAAAUAAUGUGAUUUGGCUUAUAUUAAUAGAGAUUGGUCGUCUGUAUCAUUUGCUCGAUGUAUUUCGAAUAAUGCAAGGAGUGUAUCAACUUAUCAAGGAAGAUGGAUGCCCUCUGUUUUGUUUGCUACUUCC